AUGUAUUUCAGUGGCGCCCAAUUUUCGACGAACCGCAGCGAAAACAUCGAAAAUUCCCAGACGGCGGGAAGGCGACGUCGACUUGGCAAGCGCGUGGCGUCGGUCCAUGUGCGGCUGGCGAGCACCCCGUCACCCCACCCCCCGGAGGAUUCACGGCGACCCGUCCGACCGAUCGGCGAUCGGCCCUGCACCUUGCGCCAUGUGGCGGACAUAAACAAACGACAUUACGCACGCGGGGGUCGGAUCAGCUGUGCGCGUCCGAUGGAGGGGCGACGCAUGCGUCCGCCCAGCGUCCGACGGAUGCCUGCCUCAGUCAGUGAGAGUGUCGCGUCGAUGGCAGUUGCCAAGCGGUUGUGCUGCUCGGGGGCCGGCGGGGCCUCUCUGCUGAGGGCGCCGGGGCCGCGCAGCCCCGACACCCUGCUCGACGUCACCGCGAAAAUUGUCGCCGAGAACAUACCCUUCCAGAGGAUCGAGGAGCGUUACGACCGCAUCCCCGAACCGGUCCAGCGCAGGAUCAUCUACUGGUCCUUUCCGAGGAACGAGCGCGACAUAUGCAUGUACUCGUCGUUGUCGCGUGUGCCCCCCGUCAACUCCGCGGGCGAGCCGCAGAACCUGUCCUUCUGCAAGGGAUUAAAACUGCUCGAGACGGGAUGCGUCGAUUCCGUGCUGCAAGUCGGUUUCCAUCUGAGCGGAAUUGUCACUGCUCCUCGGUCCUCAUCACCCUCGACAUUACCCUGCGGUGCCCCGCCUGAACCUCCUCAAAAAUUCAAAGUGUCAGUGAGCUUUGAUAGGUGUAAAAUUACGUCUGUGACGUGCAGUUGUGACGCGAAAGACAUUUUUUGGUGUCAACAUGUGGUGGCCCUUUCCCUUUAUCGAAUUAGGAACGCAGAAAGUGUUCGAUUACGGGUUCCUAUAUCCGAAACACUGUUGCAAAUGGACCGACAACAGUUGCAGAAGUUCGUCCAGUACCUGAUCUCCGAGCACCACACCGAGGUGCUGCCAACUGCCCAAAAGCUGGCGGACGAAAUUUUGCAGCAGCGCUCGGAAAUUAACCAGAUACCGGGGGCGCCGGAUCCCACGGCCGGCGCCUCUGCAGACGACGAACACACGUGGCACUUAGACGAAGAGCAGGUCUGCGAACAGGUUAAAUACUACCUGUCGCAGGGCGCCUACUACAACGCCAACAAACAGCUCAACUCCCUGUUUUCAAAAGUAAGGGAAAUGCUCCGGGCGCAGGACUCCAACGGUGCACGCAUCCUCACUUUGAUCACGGAACAGUUCCUGUCCGAUCCCAGGCUGCAGAUGUGGCGCAAUCAAGGCACACCGAUGACCGAUAAGUGCAGGCAGUUGUGGGAUCAAUUGGGAUCGUUGUGGGUGUGCAUCGUCCUCAACCCGAACUGCACACAGCACGAGAAGCAGCAGUGGAAAGUGUUGUUGGAGAAGUGGGCCGUCAUUGACGUUUGCCCACCGGAGGAUCCCGACUACAGGCUACAGCAGGCUGGUUCCCAAAGAGAUUCGUACUCCAAUAGAGAUAGGGAUAGGGAUAGGCACUAUCAUGAUCGAGACAGAGGAGACAGAUAUGCGGACAGGGAAAGGGACAGACGGGAUCGACGAGAUCGCGACAGAGAGAGAGAAAGAGACAGAAAUCGAGCAGUAUAUGACACCUCAGACAGUUCGGAAGAUGAUGAUGAUGACAACGAUUCGAGUUCGUAUAGCCCGAGAAGUAGUAAAAGAUUAAGAUUAUCAGGGAGUAGUUCUAAGUCAAGCACACCUGCGUUACCACGAUCUAUAUUUCAUAGGGCAUUGGAUGCAGUUGGUAUGUCAUGGGACAAUAUGCAUCUAAAGAAUAUUUUAUCCAGCGACACGUAUUGCUCCCAUGUACCCGACACUUCCAGUUCUGGUAGCUUUAAUCCUCAAGGACAGCCCCUUUGGCAUGAACCGAUACCCUUGUGCGCGGCACGAGUGGAUUCACUUCGCUCGCACGGUCAUAUGGAGGCUGCGCUGCGGCUCGCCGUGUCCGUAGUGCGCACCAUGAAGCAACAGCAGCUGGUUGCGCAGCGGAAGUGGCACGAGAGCCAGCAGCAACAGAACGCCGCCGCUAGUACGAGUGGUAGUAAACCAGGCGCGUCGUCGCAGGCUUCGUGCAAAGUGACUGCUUGCACAUCCCGCUGUAACGGCCAAUGCAACGCCAGCAGUGGCUCCGGUUCGUCGUCGUCCUCAUCGUCAUCGGUGAAUGCACCCGUUAACUAUGACGGGUGGGUGGGGCAUCCGCUCGAUCCUGUGGGAUGCCUGUUUGAUACAUUGGCAGACGCUUCAGUUGUCCCUGAUGAUCAGCGGCCUCGAACACCCAGUUAUUUAGAUAUUGUGGGCAUGGAAGAUCAGCAUAGCAAUAUCAGACCUCGUUAUCAACAUGUACCCGUUGUAGGCUCUAGGGAUAGGUCGGAAACAUAUCUUACGCUAGCGUUCGAAGUAGCACUCAUAGGUUUAGGACAACAAAGAAUAAUGCCAGUUGGACUGUACGCCCAGGAAAAAGCUUGUAAACAGGAAGACCGUCUGAUCUCCAAACUGCAGGACAUCGAGUUGGACAACAGCCUGGUCGCUGUGUUACGAAGACAAUCUAUUAUCCUGCUCGAGGGAGGCCCGACUAGCGGGUUCGGCAUCGGCAUCCAUCCCGAGAGCAUACCAAUGCACACAUUCGCCCGGUUUCUGUUCCUUUCGCUUCUGAAUUACUACCCGGACUUGGCUUACGAGGUGGGACUGCGCGCAAUGAGGCUGCCAUUGUUGGAAGAGCACGAGGAUUCAGACGAUCCUCUGGGCGGUAAUGCCAGUAGCUCGCUGAUGAUGGGCCGUAAUCCGCGCUGGUUCACGCUCGGACACAUCGAGACGCAGCAGUGUGCGCUCAGUUCGACGAUGUUAAGCGCCGCCAAAGGUGAGGUAAUGAGGCUGCGUACCGUGUUGGAAUCAUCACAGAGGCAUAUCCAUAGUUCUUCCCAUUUAUUUAAACUCGCUCAAGACGCGUUUCGAUUCGCCACUCCCGAAACCGGUCCGCGGCAUCCGACACUACUCAGUGUAGCAUUCGAAUUAGGUCUUCAGGUAAUGCGGAUGACGUUGUCUUCGUUGAAUUGGCGGAGGCGAGAAAUGGUCCGGUGGUUAGUGACGUGUGCCACUGAAGUGGGCGUUGACGCUUUGAUGUCGAUCAUGCAAAACUGGUAUCAGUUUUUCACGGCGACAGAAGCUACCGGUCCCGUGGCAACCACCAUCAUGUCGCACAGCACUAUCAUGCGUCUUAAUCUGAGCUUCACGCAGCAAGAGGAGUUAUCGAGCUGCGCGAGAACUCUAGCUUUACAAUGUGCCACUAAGGACCCUCCAAAUUGUGCCUUGAAUGCCCUGACGCUCUGUGAAAACGAGGCGUUAGCCUUCGAAACGGCUUAUCAAAUAGUCGUUGAUGCUGCCUCCCAUAUUAUGACAUCGUCACAACUCUUUACCAUUGCCCGAUACAUGGAGCACCGCGGUUACCCCACAAGGGCUUACAAACUGGCCAUGUUGGCCAUGAAAAAUGUCCAUUUAGCCUACAAUCAGGACACGCACCCUGCGAUAAACGAUAUCCACUGGGCUUGCGCACUAAGCCACUCGUUAGGAAAAACGGAACUCUCGAACAUGAUCCCGCUGCUAGUGAAGAAUGUACAGUGCGCCACCGUGCUCUCAGACAUCCUCCGACGGUGCAGUAUGACUGCACCAGGAAUAUCGUGUCCGCAUCCGGCGCCCUUGGACGGCGCUAAGCACCAGACACCCCACCCUCACGGCGGACGUAGCAGAGGCUGUGCCCCUGGAGCGAUCAAACCGCUCUCGUAUGACCGGCCACCGCUCAGACAGCUGCUGGAGGCGGCUGUGGCGGCUUACAUAAACACCACACACUCCCGACUGACGCACAUCUCGCCCCGCCACUACGGCGACUUCAUCGACUUCCUGACCAAAGCCAGGGAUACGUUUAUCUUGGCUCACGACGGUCACGCCCAGUUCACGCAGCUCAUCGAGAACAUGAAGGUAGCUUAUAAAGGCAAAAAGAAGUUGAUGUUUCUGGUGAAAGAGCGGUUUGGCUGAUGUCGCGUCCACGGCCCUGCACAGUGACCCGGGUGUAGGUUUCCUUGACCGGUGACAUUGCACGUGGCUAUUGUUUGUGUAGUUUCGUUCCGGACAUUUAUUCGUGGCCUGUAAUUGUAAUUAAUUGAUUUAGAACAAAAUUGAUUUACAAAGAUAGCAAUAUAUCACAUAUUCAAGUGACGUUUGUUCAUGAUGAUUACAGUACUCGCACGAAACUUCUAUUAGAGAACUACGCAAACGUUCAAGACUAAUUUGUACAUUUCUAGUAUAACCUUAGGUAUUUAUUUUUUGGUUAAUUUGGAUUGACUUUGUGAUAAUAUCUGCUCUGGGACAUGGGUCAGAGCUGUAUGUGCGAGAUUUACCUGUGCGGAAAGAUGACGUGUUUAUUUAAAAAAGUAACAUAUAAUAAAUUGCGAUUCCAAGGCAAAAUUAGAUAAAAGGCUCCCAAUUUGAACCACACAAAUUUGUUAAUGAUAGGUCAGUUAUAAUGCGUUUAACCGGCUAAUUCAAGUGAUUGAACAAACUUUUAUUUUGUUAAUGGGAAAAUGACAAUAAUAGUAUAGUGAGCAUUACUAGAAUCCUGUUGCAAAUGUACAGUUCCUGUCCACUAACAAAUUUCAACGGUUAAAUUAAAGGGGCUGAAAUGAAAAUAGUUCGACAAUGAAACUGCUUCGUUGGUUAGCAAAUACUGGACAAUAUCAUUAUGAGAUUUAAAGUACUAUUUAUUAAAAUUCAAUGAUUUUAAUUAACAGACUGAUUUUAAGUUUGCACAUUUGGGAGAUCAAUCUGACGCAGCGUCACAGAUAUGUAAAUUUUUGUAUAUUCUGUACUGCAGGUGGCUUGCCAGUUUGAAUUGUUGAAUGUGCUCGAUCUCAAUGCCGUGUUUGGCAUUAUUUAUUUAGUAUUACUUUGUUUUUAGUUAGGUACAACUUAGUUCAAUAUUUUAGUCACUGUAAGAACUAUUUUAGGAAAUUCGCAUUUAUAUUUCAUUCCGUUCUUGCUUUGAUUGCUUUUAAUUUAUUUGGCAUCCAUUCUUACUUGGCAGAAGGAAUUUUUACAAAUACGUACUAUUUCGUAAGAUUCAUUGUUGAUUUGCAUUCUUUUCAAGUAACAAAAAUAUUUAUAUUACAUAUGCAUACCUAUAACUAACAAUUGUUAAAGUUUCUUUUGUUGUUCAUGUUUUUGUUGCUAAAGGAUUUCAAUAAAAAUAUGUUUUUAUUAUUUCUUCAUGUUACUCCCUUUAAAUUCUUUCUGCUGGAUUGAAAUCUGUAUACAUUAUUUAUUGAUUUUCUUUUUUUGCGUUAUGUUUUGAAUUAGUUACACGCCAUAAUACUUCGUUUAAAUUGUAUGUUUGUUUUACCAAAGAAUUGUUAUUUGUAUAGUAUUUAUGUAUAUAUUAUAUGCCCUAAGAGAUAUGGUGUCUCAUAAUAUGUCAGGAAGGUGUUAUACAGUCUGAGUUUGAAACACAUGAUGUGUAAUGCUUUCCAAAUAUACUUCAAGGUAAAUGCUUCCUGUUAUUUAAAUACAGUAUAUCAAUAAGUACAAAAUAAUUAUAAUAAUAAAGAAGUAAACAGUCGACCAAGCUGUUGUAGCAAUUUGUCAGCUGUCAUUCCAUAAGCUACCUCUUUGAGCUAUCAUGCGAUCAUUUACCAUAGUUGUUGCUGUUUAAUCAACAAAACUUCUAUAAAAAUCACACCAAAUUAAAUUAUGAAUAACUAUUUUGAUCAAAAAUAAAUUGUGUCUUGCAUCAGUUAUGGUAAAUUUUUCACAUUUUGACUGUUCUAAUAUUCAACCAAACACUUUGAAAGUUUCAAAUAUAAAAUAUCGAUUAGAAUUACUGGUUGAAUAUUAAAAACUGACUGAUUAACGCUAAAAACCACAAAUACAACAAAAUCAAAUAUGCAUUUGUAUUAUGCAAUAUUAUAUUAUAGCUAACACCGUAAUCAAAAAAAAAAAUUGUAUGUUUAAAUUAAGUAUUUUAUAAUUAAAAUUUGCAAUACUUGUAUAAAGUUUGAACUGCCCAUGCCAGUAAAUUUAAUUUGAAUUGAGUUAUAUGUAUCUGUGAUUAAUAAUUUUAUUUUUUUGUCCAGUGCCACAUUUUUAUUAUUAUUAGUUCAUUUUAAGAAAACCAUGUAACUUAAGGAUACUGUAAAUAAAGAAACUUGGCCAAAUUUGGUACACGUUCAUUCCAAUGAGAUAAUUUUAUAUUUGUUGUUGUAUUGUGUUUAGUGUAUUAUAUACUUAGGAAAAAGUUGUAAAUAUUGCCAAAAAAUAACUUAGUUCAUUAUUUGUUAAAAUAAAGCAAAUUUGCUUUCAAUAUGUCUGUGUAUUACUAAUUUAUGAUUAUUUUUAUGAUAAAUACAAAUAUUUGUAAUUCA